GUAUGGACGUAUAUUAAUCUAUUAUAUAUAAUUUUUACGUUAUAGAUUAAUAUACGUUCAUAAAACAACAAAAUGGAAAAAUUAAGUCAUAAUUAUUUAUACACAAGCUGAAGCAAGAUGGCAGCCUCCAUAUCCCGUAUUUUGGGAUUACACACUUUGGAGUCGUGUGCUUCUCGAGUGAGUGUUAGCUUAGCAAACAAAAGGUCUCUCACCAGUGUGACGGCUCAGCCAGUUCCUCAGUCUGCGGGUCUGCUUACAGUGAGGGAGAACUUUGAGAGAUGCAACUUCCAUACUUCCUCUGCAAUGUGCUGGGAGAGACCCCACGGCCCAAGGAAUUGGUUAAAAUACAACGAGCGGAAAUUUCCACCAACACCACUUGGAGAAGAAGAGAGACCAGCUUUUGUAUGCCACUUGAAAAAGAAUAUCAAAUACAGUCCUUCAAAGAUGUGGUAUGUGGCGUCCUUAGUACGUGGCCUCAGGAUUGAUGAUGCCAUCAACCAGCUCAAGUUUGUUCACAAGAAAGGUUCAGUGGCUGCCAGAGAGACCCUCGAGGAAGCCCGUGAUUUGGCUGUCAAGGAUCACAAUGUUGAGUUCCCAAGUAAUCUCUGGGUCUCGGAAUCAUUUGUUGGCAAAGGGAUGGUGAUUCGAGGUUUCCGGCGACAUGCACGAUCCAGGUUUGGGAAAGUUGAAUACAAAUACUGUCAUUAUUUUGUAACGCUAGAAGAGGGUGAACCACCAGAACAUUACUACCCACACCGUAGACCAUUGACUCCACAAGAAAUGUUGCAGGAGUGGAUAGAUAAUCAGCGACAACGUACUAUAACAAGAUCUCUGUAAAAAAAAUUUAAAUAAUGUAAUAAAUCAUAUAAGAUGUGAAUACAUCAAACUCAUACUGUGAACAAUUCACCUUAAAAUAUUCAGCCUCAGUAAAUGUUUGUGUUUGUGUACUGUUAUUUAAACUGUACAUCACUGAAACCACUACUCUAUAAUGGCUGGGCAGGUGUUGAAUCUCCUGAUACUUAGUUUUCAGCAGCUAGUGGGUUACCCUAACCAUUGGCAGAAUACUAGGCUACCUUAGGGUUGGUCCCAAAUCAGCAGGCACACCUAAUAUAUUGCUAAGUGUUGGUGGCUUAGUGUACAAGGAGGAGACUAAGUCCUCAAUUCAUUUUAGGAAGCAAAUCCAGGACUAUUCUCUUGUAAGACAAAAUACUUUGUCACCAUUUACAUGAAAAUAAGGCCCUCUGCAGGUAACAGGAUACAGUUCAUAGGACAGUGUUUUUACUCAUCAAAUUCACUGAAUUUAUGAUAAAUUUGCCACUUAUUGUAAGUUUACUGUAAUAGGACUGACAUAAACAGCUAUUGUUUUACAUCAUGUGUUCCAAAACAAAUGAAACUGUUAAAAGCUUCAUUUUUUUCUUCAAGAGAACCAUUUGUACAGUACUGUUAUAAUUCACAUUAAUUGUUGGGGGGCCUGUGCACUCCCUUAUUAACAUUUAUAUAAGUCUGAAAAUAGACAAGGCUUGUGUAAUUAGAGCCUGAUAGAAAUGCGAGAUCACACUCACCUACUUGUAUUACUCUAAAGAUUUUGAUAAUCAAGACUUACACUGUGACAGCAAUUAUUAAAGAGAAAAAGACAUAAUUAUAAAUUGUUAAUGCUGACAGGCUUUUGAAGUCACAUUGGUGAAUUAGAACAAAAGUGAUCAAGAAAUAUUAAUUGUGUGUGUUAAUGAGGAGCCAGUGGCAAGAGCACCAGGGAUGUUGGUGAGUAUUUGUCAAGUGUUACCCACUCCAAAAGUACUUUUAGGGCUAGCACAGCAUUUACAAAGGAAAGGAUGUUAUUACUGUACAUAAUAUUUGUUAAUAAACUUUUUUUUUUUUU